UGAGAUAUGUGUAAACAGGAACCUGACAACCGCUCGUAGGACACAUCGGACGGCAACAUCUUACGAGGUUAUUCAUAAGUGAAGCCACAAGAAGGCCAGGGGAGGCACCAGAUCUCUUUUUGUAGACCAAAAUACGAAGACCAAAGAAGUGCUGAUUGAUCAAAUGGAGGUGCAGAGGGAAAUUUGAGGAAUAUUCAAAUAAAAGAGGCACAGUGGAAGAGAAGGUGUACAGAGAGACAGAGGGCACUGCGGAUCAGGAGGCAUGUCAUUGGGUGGCCCAGACACCCUUCCCCAGCUCUUUGUGGUGGACAGCCAGGCUCCAUAUGCUCACCUGCCCACUACCAGGCGCAGGAGGAAACCCAGCACCAUCCAAACACUUCUGCUCCUUCUCGGGGUCCUCGCUUUGUCAGGAGUUUUGGUUGAGGGAGUCUUCAUCUACUAUCUGUACAGAAAAACCCAGGUUGGUACCACCAUGAGUCAAAUUGGAGACAAAGAUAACCUACCAAUGGCCAUGAGGGCGCAUCCAAAGACUCAACAAAAGCCCUCUGCCCACCUCCUCGGCUCCACCAGUCUUAAGGAAGGCAUCAUACAUUGGAGUAAUAUUAAUUCCACUGCCACCUUCACCUCCCAGAUGGACUACAAAGAUGGACACUUAAUGGUCCCGAGGAGAGGAUUCUAUUACUUGUACACCAAAGUGUACCUGGAUCUGUCAGAGGGAUGCACAUCCUUCCAGGUCAUGAAGUUAAUGAAGAACACAGUUGGAUACCAUAAACCAAUAGAAUUGUUGCAUUCUAAUAGGUUCAGCUGCCCUAUUGAUGGGAGAUCCACUGAUAAGGAAAUCUUUCUGAGCGGUAUCUUCAAUCUGGCGCCUAAGGAUGAGGUUUAUGUAACUCUUGAGAAUAAGGCCAUGAAACUGUUCAAGAAUGAGAAUUAUAUGGGAGCCUUUAUGUUAUACGAAUAAUCUAUAACCUUUUGAACCAUACAUGAAAAAGAUGCCCUGAUUGUUCAGAGAUGAGUAAGGGGAAAUAUGGAAUAUAACUGUUCUGAUAUAGAGGCAGGUACAGUCAUCCAGUACCUUAAAUUUCACCUAAUACUGGCUGACAGGUCUAUGAUUACUGUGAUAAUUAUUAUUAUGAUGAUGAUUAUUAUUAGUAUUAUUAUAUUAUUAUUAUUAUUAUUAUUAUUAUUAUUAUUAUUGUUAUUAUACUGGAUAUUUUGUGCUUGAUAAUAUAGUUAAAUGCUGCCUUUAAGUGUUCAUAUUGUUAAACAUUUGCUGCUAUGCAGGUUUAGGAUCAUGUUGUAGGAUAUGUUU